AGGGGGCAUUGAUGCCAUUUCUUUUAUCUACGCUUACAAAAAAUUACUGCUGCAAAUAUCAAUUUUUGAACGUUCAUCUAUUUGAUUGAGUACAAGGACAAGAAGAAAUAAAAACGAAAAGAUCUGAAUCUAUCCUAAAAAAAGCAUACCUACCUACAGUAGACUGGAUCUUGCAGUGAGGUGAAAGAAAUCGAAAUCGACAAUGAAUCGAGAAAACAAAGUUCAUCUUUCGCCGGGACGCGGCUGGAGUCCUUUCCUGAUCAACAUGAUUCUGUGUUGCAAUUUUCUUCAUCUGAUCAAUUAAGGCUGCCCACGACGAUAAUUCAUUUCCUCUUCCACCGAUCGCCUUCAUCGUCCGUUUCCUUCUCGGGAUUCUGAAACGACGAUGAAGGACGUAUCAUGGGUCGGUAGGAGAUCGCAAGAAGUUCUUCUAAGGCAGCAUCAGCAACUUGUUCGUGAAUGCGGCCGCUUCCGCUGGAUCCCAGGAAAAGCUUUCGCUGCACCGCCGGGUGCAGGAUGUGAUGCGCAACCGCAAUCUGGAGACUUUAAAAGCAGGCUUACGAUCCUCGCAAAAUGCUGUGUGCAAAAUUGGGACCCUCAACGAAUUGGCACUACCCAUGUCCCGAAAUGGGAGUCGUGGAACGAGC